UGACGAAAUCUUUUUUUAUUUAUAAGAAAAAUGACAUCAGAAACUUCAAUACCAAGUUAUGUACGAUUUUUAAUGGGUGGGACUGCUGGAAUGGCUGCAACUUGCAUUGUUCAACCAAUGGAUUUAGUUAAAACUCGAAUGCAAAUGAGUGGAAUAGCUGGUGUAGCAAAAGAACAUAAAACAGCUAUGCAUGCUCUUUUAUCAAUAUCUAAAAAAGAAGGUAUUUUUGCUCUUUAUAAUGGAUUAUCAGCUGGAUUGCUUAGGCAGGCAACAUACACUACAGUUCGAUUGGGAAUCUACACCAAUCUUACUGAUAACUUUAAAGGAGCUGAUGGAAAUAUAAGUUUUUCUCAAAAGUGUUUAUUUGGAAUGAUAGCUGGGGCGGUUGGAGCAUUUGUUGGAACACCUGCAGAAAUAGCUUUGAUUCGCAUGACCAAUGAUGGAAGACUUCCAAAAUCUGAACAAAGAGCUUACAAAAAUGUAUUUAAUGCAUUGUUUCGCAUUACAACUGAAGAAGGAGUAUUUACUUUAUGGAGAGGAUGUACUCCAACUGUAGUUAGAGCUAUUUUUGUAAAUGCAGCACAACUAGCUACUUAUGCUCAAUCAAAACAAAUGCUUCUAGAGACAAAGUACUUUGAAGACAAUAUUAUGUGUCACUUUGCUGCCAGCAUGGUUAGUGGUUUAGCAACGACCUGGGCAUCACUUCCAGCAGAUAUUGUAAAAACUAGAAUUCAAAGUAUGAAAGUUAUUAAUGGUAAACCAGAAUACAAAAAUGGAUUAGAUGUAUUGACUACAGUUGUCAAAAGAGAAGGUUUGUUUGCUCUUUGGAAAGGUUUUACUCCAUGUUAUUUGCGCAUUGCUCCUCAUACAGUUUUUACAUUUAUAUUUCUGGAACAGUUUCAGAAUGCUGCAAAAAGAUAUUUUGUGACACAAAGAUAACACUAGUUUAAUUUUGUGACACAAAGAUAACACUAGUUUGAUUACUUCAACACUGCCAUAUAAAAAUUUACUACAAUAUAAAACAUCUACUGCCAUAUAAAACUUCUACCACCAUCUAAAACAUCUCCAUAUAAUACAUCUACCACCAUAUAAAAUAUCUGCCGCCAUACAAAACAUUUCCAUAUAAUUAAUCUAAAGCCAUAUAAAACAUCUUACGCCAUAUAAAAAAUCUCCAUAUAAUACAUCUACCGCCAUAUAAAACCAUAACCAUCUCAAGCAAUAUAAAACAUCUUACGCCAUAUAAAACAUCUCCAUAUACUACAUCUACCACCGUAUAAAACAUCUACUGCCAUACAAAACAUCUCCAUAUAAUUAAUCUAGCGCUAUAUAAAUCAUCUUACGCCUUAUUAAACAUUUUCAUAUUAAACAUCUUCUACCAUAUAAAACAUCUGCUAUCAUAUAAAACGUUACAACCAUAGAAACAUUUAGUACUUUUAACGUUUAAGAAUUUAAAAAAUUUCUACAACCUUUGGCAAUUUUAGGAAAAAAGAUUGUUUUUUAAAGUUUAUUAGAUUUAUAAAAUGACAUGCGUGGUUUUGUAAAAAGUGAUUUUAUGAUAUUUUGUUUGCAUCAGCAAUGCUGAUCUGUAUUAAAUUUACUUGUAAAUUUAAAGAAAGGGUUUUUUUUGAAUAUGA